ACAGCCAACACCAGCACACUUCUUCCGAACUACAUUACCCAUCAUGCAUUUCGCCCAGGACUACAACACCCACAGUUAGUGAUCCGGUGAAAGUGAAAGUCCAUUUAGUGAAGAAAGGAAGCAAAUCAUUGGCAGGAGAAAAACACAUUAAGUGUAAUCUGUAGGAGGAGACAUGACCUCCAACAUGAGUGUGUCUGUGAACCAGGACUUAAAGAAAAAUGAGAGUCUGAUUCAGGGUGAGAGAUCAGACUCACCUGAACCCAGCUGUGUGUCCAUGAAGAGUGACGCGUCAAUGGGUCAACCAAUGCGCUUUAGAGAGAGAGACAGUAUGACCGAUCUGAGAUCAUUAAAGAGAAAGAGAUCAGACUCAUCUGAACCCAGCUGUGUGUCCAUGAAGAGUGACAACUCAAUGGAUCCUCCAUUGCGCUUUAGAGACACAGACUGUGCUACUGAUCUGAGAACACAGAAGAAUAAAUCAAAAAUCACUGAGAAGAGUCAUUUGGAGGCCAUAUUCAAGGAUCUGGAGCACAAAGUCAUCACUCUGUUAAAGAAUGAGCUGAAGAGAUUUAAGAAGCUCCUGAGUUCAGAUUACCCAGCAUGCUCUGAGAGGGAGGUGGAGGAUGAGGAGGAUCAGAGCAGUGUCAGAGAGGGAGCGCUGAAGAUCACGCUGCACGUCCUGAAGAACAUGAACCACACAGAUCUCGCUAACACACUGCAGAACAAACUCGUGUACCAGCAGAAACUCAAAUCCAAACUGAGAGAGAAAUGUAAAAGAAUUAAUGAAGGAAUCUCACAGCAUGGAAGCUCGGCACUUCUGAAUGAGAUCUACACAGAUCUUUACAUCACAGAGGGUUGGAGUGGAGACAUCAAUAAUGAACAUGAGGUGAGACAGAUUGAGACAGCGUCCAAGAGACCAGAAACACAGGAGACACCCAUUAAAUGUAAUGAGCUCUUUAAAGACAAGUCCAUCAGAAGUGUGCUGACUAAAGGAGUUGCUGGAAUUGGAAAAACAGUCUCUGUGCAGAAGUUCAUUCUGGACUGGGCCGAAGGAAAAGCAAAUCAGGACGUCACCUUCAUGUUUCCACUUCCCUUUAGGGAGCUGAAUUUGAUGAAACAGAAAAAUCUCAGUCUGAUGAAACUUCUUCAUGACCUUUUCCCAGAAAUAAAAGAAUUACAAUUAAUAGACUGUAAUGUUCACAAAGUGAUAUUCAUCUUUGAUGGUCUGGAUGAGUGUCGACUUCCUCUAAAUUUCCAGAACAAUGAGAGUUUGUGUGAUGUGACAGAGUCAGCCUCAGUGGACGUGCUGCUGACAAACCUCAUCAAGGGGAAUCUGCUUCCCUCUGCUCUCCUCUGGAUAACCUCUCGCCCAGGAGCAGCCAAUCAGAUCCCUCCUGAGUGUGUAAACCAGGUAACAGAGGUACGAGGGUUCAGUGAUCCUCAGAAAGAAGAGUACUUCAGGAAGAGGAUCAGUGAUCAGAGCCUGGCCAAUAAAAUCAUCACACACAUGAAGUCUUCACGAAGCCUCUACAUCAUGUGCCACAUCCCAGUCUUCUGCUGGAUUUCAGCCACUGUUCUAGAGAGAAUGUUGGGUGAAGCAGCGAGUGGAGAGAUCCCCAAGACUCUGACUCAAAUGUUCACACACUUCCUGAUCUUUCAGAUCAAACACAAGGAUCAAAAGUACCAUCAGAAAUGUGACCCUGAUCCUCAGAAGACCAGAGAGAGUAUCCUGGCACUGGGAAAACUGGCUUUCCAACAGCUGGAGAAAGGAAACCUGAUCUUCUAUGAGGAAGACCUGAGAGAGUGUGGCAUUGAUGUCAGUGAAGUGUCAGUGUACUCAGGAGUGUGUACCCAAAUCUUCAGAGAGGAGUUUGGGCUUCACCUGGGGAAGGUGUUCAGCUUUGUACAUCUGAGUGUUCAGGAGUUUCUGGCUGCUUUAUAUGCAUUUCUCUCUUUCAUCAGCAGAAGUGUAACAGACCAACAAACCACUCAUCUGUCUGAUCUUUUAACCAAAUCAAACAUGUCUGAUUUCCUGAGGUGUGCAGUGAACAAGGCCUUACAAAGUGAGAAUGGACACCUGGACCUGUUCCUCCGCUUCCUUCUGGGUCUCUCACUGGAGUCCAAUCAGACUCUCUUACGAGAAAUAAUGCCCCAGACAGGAAGCAGCUCUCACAGCAAACAGGAUACAGUCGAGUACAUCAAGGAGCAGAUCAGGGAGAAUCCAUCUCCAGAGAAAUCCAUCAAUCUGUUCCACUGUCUGAAUGAACUGAAUGAUCAUUCUCUAGUGCAGGAAGUACAGCAUUACCUGAAAAGCAGAGAUUCCUGGUGUCUCAGGAGAGUCAGACUCUCUCCUGCUCAGUGGUCAGCUCUGGUGUUUGUGUUGCUGAACUCAGAAGAGAAUCUGGAUGUAUUUGAUUUGAGUAAAUAUGACACAUCAGAGGAAUGUCUUCUGAGGCUGAUGCCAGUGGUCAAAGCAUCCAGAAAAGCUAAGCUGUGUGGGUGUAAUCUCACAAAGGAAAGCUGUAGAGCUCUGUCCUCAGUUCUAAGCUCAAACUCCUCCAGUCUGAGAGAACUGGACCUGAGUAACAAUAACCUCCAGGAUUCAGGAGUGAAGCUGCUCUCUGCUGGACUGGAGAAUCCACACUGUACACUGGAGACACUGAGGCUGGAACGCUGCAAUAUUACAGGUGAAGGUUGUGCUGCUCUGGUUUCAGCUCUGAAGUCAAACACCUCAUCACACCUGAGAGAACUGAAUCUGAACGACAAUAAACCAGGAGAAUCAGUAGUGAAGCUGCUUUCUGAUCUACUGAAGGAUCCACACUGUAAACUGGAGACACUACAAUUUGAGCCGCUUCGAUCCUGAUCUGAUCUGAGUCUCACACACAGAGGAUGAUGUCAGCACUUCUGCUUCUCUAGUUGUUUGUAAAAAUGCACCAGCUGAGAUAAAUUAACUUUAACUGAACACUAAUCAAGCUUUUCUUAUUAACAGCAAAACAGAAACUGUUAAUGCACUUAUAAUGUCAUUUAAUAGAUUUGUCUAUACUGUAUGUUCAUGUAUUUCCAUUUACAUGUAGCAGAAGGAAACAUUUAUGUUUAAUACACAUUAUAAAUAUCUUAUAGUAUCAGUUCAAUGCAGUAAUUUGGUCAUUGCUCAAAGUUACACACGAUUUAUACACUGAGUUAAAGUAAUUUGUUUCCUACUGAAGUUGUUAGAAAAUUAAGAUUAGAAAAGUUUAAUUUAGUUGACUAUGUACAUAAUUAUGUUUCAAUU